AUGAGACACAGAUGUCCUUCGGGUUACGCACAAUGUAUAUCAACUGUUGGGGAUUUAAAGUAUUUGUCGGCAUUAAAGCAACAAAACCCGGCCCUCAAAGUGUUACUAUCGUUGAGGCCGUCAAACAACCAAUUUAUUGUUGACGACGCGUUGGCCACCAAUAGCUCUGCCGAUGCCGUGCGGACCAAAUUCGCGCGACGGGUCCGCGAGUUUGUCGACCGACACGGCAUCGACGGCGUCGACUUGGACUGGGAGUACUUCAAGGAGUCCCACAAUCAGAUCACUAAACGCGAUACUUUACUGUCGGUGCUUAGAAUAUUAAACGAAGAAUUAAAGCCAUUGAACGAAACGGCCGAUCAGUACUUACUGACAAUUACAGUAUCAAAAUAUGCCAGAGAUUUAGCCGAUUAUUAUGACUUCUCCGAGAUUUACAAAUCAGUCGAUUUCGUGAAUCUCCCGACGUUUAAUUUUGACCCCAAGCCUCAGACACUCGUCCAUCCGUCAAAAUUUCACGGCUUGACUGAUAUGGAAAAUAUGCAACAAAACCCGGCCCUCAAAGUGUUACUAUCGUUGAGGCCGUCAAACAACCAAUUUAUUGUUGACGACGCGUUGGCCACCAAUAGCUCGGCCGAUGCCGUGCGGACCAAAUUCGCGCGACGGGUCCGCGAGUUUGUCGACCGACACGGCAUAGACGGCGUCGACUUGGACUGGGAGUACUUCAAGGAGUCCCAUAAUCAGAUCACUAAACGCGAUACUUUACUGUCGGUGCUUAGAAUAUUAAACGAAGAAUUAAAGCCAUUGAACGAAACGGCCGAUCAGUACUUACUGACGAUCACAGUAUCAAAAUAUGCCAGAGAUUUAGCCGAUUAUUAUGACUUCUCCGAGAUUUACAAAUCCGUCGAUUUUGUGAAUUUACCGACGUUUAAUUUUGACCCCAAGCCUCAGACACUCGUCCAUCCGUCAAAAUUUCACGGCUUGACUGAUAUGGAAAAUAUGGAUUCUGUAAUCGAUUUGGUUUUGGCAUUGGGUUUACCACAAGACCAGUUGAUAAUCGGUGUGCCAUCGCAUGGGACGCUGUUUAAGCUGUCGAAUACAUCGCAAACAGAUCCCGGUUCGCCCGCCAGCGCCUGGAAUAAUGAAGAGGUGAUUAUAUCGCACUCAAAGAUCUGUGCCGUUAGGGACAGCUCUAACUGGACUCUGGUUAGGGAGAAGGACCUGACGGCGCCCUAUAUUUACUAUAAGGACAAGUGGAUCGGUUUUGACGAUGAGAUCAGUAUUAAGUUGAAGGCCAAAUACGCUGUAUUGAGACAAUUGGGAGGUCUGGCCCUCUGGUCCCUCAACGACGAUGACUACUCGGGAAAGUGCGGCUACGGGUCGUUCCCAUUACUACAGGCCAUACGAAGUGUUUUAACAAAACCCAUCGAUAACAUCAAUUACAUGAAUAGUAACGCCAAUCCAUUGGUAAUCCGGGACCCGACCACUGACUCCUCAUUCGUGGCGGUCAUCGAAAAGUACGGAAACGUCGAAAGAGUGACCGACGAAGAGUCUGGCGAAGAGUCGGGCCAACAGUUAUCGUGCGAUCACUCGGGAUAUAUCCGACACCCGACCGACUGUUCAAAGUUUUACCGAUGCGUUAAACUCAACCAAUUGGACGAAAAACCCGAACGAUUUCAAUACAACUGUCCGUUUGGACUGGUGUUUGACGAGCGGUACGAGCUGUGCAACUGGCCCUCGUGGUCACCGCCCUGUGUCGGCUCCGGUGAGAUCAUCACCACAGCGGUGGCGGCGAAGAAACGCUUCUCGUGUCCCUCCUAUGGCUACUUCCAGGACCCGGAAGACUGUCAACAGUUCUACUAUUGUUCCGAUUUUGGGAAAAUGUAUUUACAGUCAUAUCAGAUGAAGUGUCCGUUCGAUCUGGGCUUCGAUGAGGAGAAGUUGCUUUGCAACUGGAAGUGGUUGGUCCGCGGCUGCGGUCCCGUCUCGCCCGAGGAUCAGGUGAUUCGCGAUCUGCCAGAACUGCUUAACCAAAACGGUCCGUCGCAGCCGCCAUUGGCAGCCGAGUCGGCCCCAGAAGUGUCCAUCAGUGAUGUCGAUGAGUCGGGCGAUAAAUUCAUGGAGAGAUCCGAUUAUAUUGACGUCGAUUCGCCGACAGCCGCGCUCAUCAAUGAGGCCGCGGGCGUUGGCUUAAGUACCGGCAGUGGUAUGAGUCCAAUGCCGCCCAAAGAGGGCGGACGCUUCCGUCGGAUCAGUCAAUAUAUGACCAAAUGGAUCGGCGAUAUCGGCCAUCGGCUGAAGUCAAUGCUGACCACCAAAAUCAACUCCAAAAUCCACUCCCGAAGUGACGACCAGUCGUCCAACAAAUGGCUCUCACGUGUCAACAGUUAUAUACCGAGACUUCAGAGAAAGCGUCAAAACUCGGACACAAAGGGCGGUAAAAAUCAACGCUUUGGUCCGCAGAUGCCGUUCAUCGGCGACCCAUUGGUCAGUAUUCCUAUGCUAGAGCUCAGACCCGACGGUCCCAUUCGAGGACCGCAACAGCAAAACAAAGUGAGAGGACAGUCACCGCCGAGAAAGCCAUCGCAAGCCCAGCACCAGAAACGCCAAAGAGUUCCCGUGAAUAACAUUCCGUUCCCCGCAUUACAAGAUCCGUCAGAACUCUUCCAGUUGUCUGCCAUCACACGAACCGUACAGAAACUGCAGGACAUAAUACCGCUGAGGAAUUCCAAGAACAGGAAUCGCAAUAAUGAGAAAUCCCGGGAACCGAUGGGAAUGCCGUCAAAUGCGGUGAAAGUCACGCAACAGGCUAUUAAUCCGAAGCCAAAGCCAUUCUCUGGUAGACCGCCGAAGAAUAAUAAGGGUUCAAAGUCUAAAUUUCACUUCCCAUCGGCUGCCGAACCCCUGUUGAUACAAACACUGGAAGAGCUCGAGUCUAUACCUCAUUAUAUGCCACAACAGUUGCCAUUGAAUCCCAUUCCCGGCGGUUAUAAGAAGAAUAACGGCCAAAGAUUUGGUCCCGGAAUGGUUCCCACAGAAAUUCUCCACUUCCAACCCGAAGACCUUAAUUUGGAUCAAAUUAGACCCGAAGGCAAGCCUUCAUCGGCUGAACAGUCGACCAGAUAUAAUAAUAACGGUAAACAAAAGCCCAUUAAACAGAUAAUCGGUGGUAAUGAGAAGAAUAAGGACCAAUUGGGCGGCGAAUCGGAGAUUAGUUUCCAUAAUAUCGACCAAAAACUGUUGGAUUCAUUCAAGUAUUCGCUGUCGGAAUCGUCUGGUGAUCACAAGAGUGAAGUACAGACCAUUCAUUUUGCCAAUAAUCCCAACAAAGAGGUUAAGAUACCAAUGAAUAAGGACUCGAAGCCAUCGCCACCGCAACCAUCCAUUCUUCAUAAGCCUAAGGAUUUGCCCAAAAAUAAAGACAACAUAGAAAUGGAAGAAUGGCUUAAAUUGUCGUCAGAAGGCUAUAAAAUACCCGAUUCUUUCCACUAUCAUAACCAGAAUCCGUUGCCUCAGAGACCACUCAAACCAGUUGUUCCCCAGAAUAUUAAAGACCAGAAUAUUAGACACAGAAUUCCUCCACAACAACAACAACACAAUAGUCAGCAGAAUAGUCGUCGACCUCAACCUCAGCCACAAGUUCAUCAGCAAAGAGAUCCCAUUCAAAGAGAUCCCAUUCAAAGAGAUCCCAUUCAAAGAGAUCCCAUUCAAAGAGAUCCCAUUCAAAGAGAUCCCAUUCAAAGAGAUCCCAUUCAAAGAGAUCCGAUCCAUAGAGAGCCUCAAUCUCCCGACAGAUUCAAUAGAAAUCCCACACAAAAGCCCGUAAUUCAACACGAAUUGAAUGCACAACAAGUGAAACAAAAUCAGCCGCAAAAGUCUGGAUCUAUUUCUCCGUCACCGCAACCACACUAUAAACCACAACAACAACAAAGACCACAAAUUAACGCAUAUCCAGAACAACCUCUUGAAAUAAGACCACAAUCACCAAUGAGUUGGUCUCCAGACAUGGAAGCGCAACAACAAGUCCUAUAUUUGCCAAAUGUUCCCGAUUUUGAGUCCACAAAAAUAACCGCCACUUCGCAAAAGGAGAGGCCAUCGGCGGUAACUGGCGGUCAAAAUCAACCACAAACCGUAUAUCAACCGAAGUCUAAACCAAAUAGAGUUCCAGUCGACAGACCAAGAGUUGUGGCCGAAGAAUAUACGCAAACAAUACAUAGGAGACCGACUGCGGAACAGUUGGAAACUUCGGCCUCCAUUAACGAACAGUACGCCAGCAAUCGUUACCCGAAUCAGCAAAGAGUGGUUUACAAUCCCAACAAAAUCCAUGGCAACCGAAUCAGUUCCGCUCAAGAUAUUCGCCACAAGAAUCAACACAAUGGUCAGGAAGGUGUGGCUCCGCCGCCGCAAAAGUCUCAGCUCCUGAUAGUUCCCGUCGCCGACGAGUACUCUUCAGAACAGCACAAGUAUUCAAAUAUUGAUCAGAUUAUAUCGAAAGAGUACCCGAAACUGUUCCCAAAUGGUUUGUCCGUCGAUAACGGUAGACAUCAGCCGAUCAUUGAGCCGCUGAAGACAACUACCGCCAGACCGCGAGUCAUAUUCACCCACCCGUCCACAGCCGCGCCGUCACCGUCGAGUCCGACCCUCAAUAACGACGAGUACAUAAUGUUAAUGUUGAAUAACGACCAAAACGGUCUGUUGAACGGCACGGGCGACGGCGCUGUGGCCGCCGGUCAGCACAUCCACGAGAUAUUCCGUAAGACCGACGGACGCCUCUAUAAUCUCGAGACCCAAAACUCGAAAACACUCGUGGCUUUAGUGCCCAAAACAGCCGCAACACCCAAACCCGUUCUCUACGAGUCGGUACCCAAACUCGUGUCGUUUAAUGUCACACAACCGCCGGUUGUGAUCAAGUUUGAGAUCCCGCGCCCGAAGUCCGAAGUGUUUCAAUCGAUUGUCCAAAAAGUGAAAGACGAUUGGCUGACAGCGCCUUACAUUCAACAACACCAACAACAGUACCAGAAUCUGCCGCCGUAUCAGAUCAUCCGCAAUGAAUAUCCCGUUCAAUAUAACCAACAGAGACCGGAGUCCACAACCGCUCAGCCAUUGAUUCCCGUCACGUAUCAGACCAUCUCAUCAGCCGAUCAUCACUUGUUUCCAUCACUUCACGGCUCGAUUGAGAGCGGAAAGUAUCCGCAACUUCAGGCCUCUAUCUAUGACUCCAUACAGAAAUUGAUUGCUCAGAACCAAUGGUCUCAACCGCCGGUUCACACACCCAGUCCUCUGCCAGAGAUCACCACAACUACCACUACAACAACGCCGGCCCCAGCGGUCAGUCCAUCGCAAACAUCGGUAAUCUUAGAGCACAUCCCGCUCUACAAUCCGACAUAUAAUUCAGUGAACAAUCAUACAAAUGGUAUGGCGUGGCCUCCGGGACAGGUGGGACAGUUGCCGUGGUAUCAACAGGCAAUGGGACCCUCAUAUAACGCACCUGUUAUGCCAUACAAUCCAUACCCGCAAAUACCGGGUUUAAAUCCCUUCUAUACGCUUCAGUCCGGGUUUGGAUACCCGCCAAAUGUGCCGCAACAGCCGCCACCUCCACCCCCGCCGCCAUCUGAGCACUCAUUUCAGCCCCAAUUUCUUAACCCAAACCUAACAUUAAAUAAUUGGUACGACUUUUACGGCAACGAAAUGUUUAACGAACCAAACAAUAAAGAUUCAGACGGACCGCCGGUUGCGGAGACGGCCACUACUCUCCCACCGCCGCCGCCGACCGUAAUCACCAUCGCGUCGACGACCGCCCGGACAACACCCGAGAGCCGACCCGUUUCGGUCAUUACGACCACAACUCAGCGAACGAUUCCACGGGUGAGGAAUAGGCCCUCAUUCGCGAAGAGGCCGACCACCACUCGCCGCCCGAAGACCACUCAGACCACAGUACACGAGAUACCGGUCACCGAAAUGCCAACCGACGCGCCCAUCGAUAUCCAGAGAGCGAGACCACAGUCACAGCCGCCGCAAGAGGAGAAGCCACAGAUCCAAGUGUUUAUCGUAGACGAGGGUAAAGACGGCGCCGAAGUGUCCAUCACUCGGAAGCCGUCGUCGCAUCAGCACAACUCGGCCGACACUUCUGGCCACUCGCCGGACGUUAAAGUGGUUUAUAUCGACGGCUAUAAAGAGGACGUCAAACAAACUCAUUACACAAAUGUCAACCAAAAGCCAUCUCUCGAGACACAAGACGGCGGACGCUAUGGCUUCAGGAAUGGCGUCAAACCGACUAUAAGUAGACCACACGUCGAAGAGCCGGUUCAGCGCCAGAGACCACAGAUUCAGUCGACCCGAGCGCCAGUUGUUCACCAAUACGAGCAAACAUUGCCUCCCAUUCAGGAACCAGUUGUUGAGCGACAAGUAGUCAAAGAACAUCACCAGAUAAUCAAAGACAUUGAAUACGAAGACGAACCGGAAGUGAGCGUCAAUCAGGACGAGACCAUCGCUAAGAGCAAAGACAAAUUGCCGACCAUUACGGGUGCGGCGGUCAGCCCUCAGAGUACGCUCACCGUUGGCAACGGCUAUCCGGGUGUCCGCAACUUCAACGACACGUCAGUGCCGGAGUCCGCGUGCACUCGAGCCGGCCUUUUCCAGCACCCGUACGACUGUAACAAAUACUACGAGUGCUAUUGGGAUAAAUACAUCAACAAAUUCACCCUGCACUCUUUUGAAUGUCCCGUCAAAUUGGCGUUUGACUCCCGUAUCAUCGGUUGCGGUCUACCCAACGACCCGACCAUUUGUGUUCAGUAUUAG